CUGAUUGCAUCAUUUGGCCUCAAACCAGUGACGAGAACGUUUCAAUUUGCAUAUAAGAUACGAGUAGAGAAUGUCAGACUAUUACAGUGGCAACUCCCCAAAGAGGACGGAGAAAUCCGUGAGCUAUGCCCUCUACCUCCACCGAAGGGAGUUGGGCCGUCCCAAGCGCAAGAUGAUGCGAAUCGCCAGCACCAAGCUGCAGCUGACAAACGAGCUCAUCCAGCUGCAGCAGCGUCGCCAAUGGGAGACGGCCUUUGACCUCGAGUUCGAUGCGGAGGCCAGUUCCCAGCAGAUGAGUGCCCUCGAUAGGGAACGGGAGUAUCGCGAUAGAUUGCGCACCAAUAUGCAGCGGCAACUCGAGAAGCAGCAGAAACGCAAGCGAAAGUAUCUACAGGAAAUCGGCAAGCGCUAGUACUGCCAACUACCAGCAUUAUGCGGAAGGCAAUA